UUCGUUCUUUACCUGCUUCUACUUUCUAUUCCAACCCAUUCAUUUUCUUUUACUCUUCUGCCAUCCUAAUUUUCUGUUCAAGAUUUCAAUCGCAAAAGGAACCAACUUUGCAUUCAAUUUGUUAUGGGUCGAUCUAAUUUCCUUUUCGCUACCAUGCUGUUUUCAUCAUAAAACAUCGUGCCCAAUCACAUUAAAGCUGUCUUUUUUAUUCUUUUGUCAAAUUUAGGAACAACAAUUCAUGUGAAGUAAUUACUAAUAUGUUUGAUGUUGUUUGGAGUUAGUUCCCAGUAACAUGGAAUUAAGGCCAUUGAUUUUGCAACCCAACUUGACACACUUGUUUCCAACAUUCACAUGCUGUGUCAAACCCCCUUUUCAGCAGAAGGAAUUAUUCUCGGUGAAAAUCAGUAGAAGGGUGUCCUUGAUUUUGGGGGGUGAAGGCAUAUUUCGGACACAAAGUGCAAAUGCAUUUGAGUUUAAAUUUGUGGCCCCUGAUAUGACAAUUGAAGAGGCAUUGAGUGGAGUGAGGGGUCAUGCACAAGAUUUGUUACUAGUUAGAGAUUUGUUAGAGUUAGGGUCAUGGAAAGCAGCACAAAAGACACUGAGACAGAGCUCAACACUUCUGAAGAAGGAUAUCUAUACCAUAAUCCAAAGCAAGCCUGGUGUUGAGAGGCCCCAACUAAGGAAGCUCUAUUUUACUCUCUUCAACAAUGUAACUAGAGUAAGUGCUGCAACAUGUGGAAGCUAGAUUAUGCAGCAAGGGAUAAAGAUGCACCACAAGUUUGGCAGUGUUAUGAGAACAUUGUUGUGGCUGUCAACGACAUUCUAUCCAGAAUAUAAUGAUCUCUGUAGCCUUUUGAUAAUGGGAGAUUGAACUGUUUGUGAUAACUUCAUGCCAACAACUGCCAAAAUUGCUUGUUGCAAGAAGUGAAGUAGUGGAGAAUAUGAACUCAAAAGUAGCUAAACAAAGAAAGGACCCUGUUAUAUAGAAUUAUAGCCAUGAGUUUGAUCAUGAAGAGUUAGAUAAGAAUCUUGAAUGUUUAAUUAUAUUUGAAAGCAAAAUGAUACUCAGCCUCUGGCAUCAUCACUGAUUAGGUGCUAAAAAAAGAACACAUGUAGGCAUAUCAAUUUUUGGUACUCAGAAAUCUAAGAAAUUUUUUGAUCUGUUCUAGCUCCAACUUUGAGAUUGUCAUCGUGAUUAAACUAUUUCCACAUAAGGUAUUAAUUAUUAUGUGUUUUGGUUACUAAAUAUUAUUCAUAUUUGUUGACUUCA